AUGUCUCAUGAACAGAAGUUUGCUAUUCCAGGUCAAUACAUAAUACCAACUCAUAAGGCUGCUGGAGAAAAAGUGGUUGAAAAAUAUGUCCCCGGUAAAGGUACAACUAUAUCGUCAAUAGAUGUUGAAGGAGAUCAAGUAAAAUCAAUUCCUGUUAUAGUUGCCACUGUUAUAGGCAAGAUUGUGAUUAAGGAAAUAGUCAAUGAUGUUAAAGAAGCAGAGGAUGACGAAGGUGGAACUAAAAACAACGACAUUAAAAUUAAGAACUUUGUAGUCAGUGUAAUUCCAAAAUCGAAUACUUACAUGCAAUAUCACGAAGAAGUCGGAGAACAAGCCGUACCAGAAGGUGGAAAUAUAUCUAUCAAUCUUCCACAAGAGGGAGAUAUCGUGCUAGCACGUAUCACUAGGUUGAACCCAAGACAAGCAUUUUGCGAGAUUUUAACAGUUGAAGGACAUGGAAAUGUAUUGAACGAUUCUGGAUUGGGAGCCAACGGCGAAAACGCCCAUAGCUCAAUGCCAGCAGGAGGAGGAUCGCAAAGCUUAAGCUCGCAUACAACUAUAGCAUCACAGGCGUCGCUGAUAAAUGCGGUAGCUUCAGAUUUAGGUGAAACUUUUAAGGGUAUAAUUAGAACUCAAGACGUGAGACUGACAGAUAGAGAUAGAGUUAAAAUCAUAGAGUGUUUUAAACCAGGUGAUAUUGUGAGAGCUGUUAUAAUAUCAUUGGGAGAUGGAUCAAACUACUAUUUAAGUACUGCUAAAAAUGAUCUUGGUGUGGUUUUUGCUAGGAGUGAAGGGGGAGCUGGAGGGUUCAUGUAUGCCGUUGAUUGGCAAACUAUGAUCUGCCCAGAAACAGGCAUAAUAGAGAAAAGAAAAUGCGCUAAACCUUUUACAAAUUAA